AAUCCAAAUGGAAAAACUAAGGACGCCGCUCCGCAAUUCACAUUUCUGGGCCCAAUGGAGUCGCCGUAAUCAGCUGUGCCACACAUCUUGCGAUAAACAAGUAAUGAACGGUAAAACGGACGUAAUUAAAAAAUGGAAGGCAUGCUGUAUAAGUGGACCAAUUACAUCAGCGGCUGGCAGCCUCGCUGGUUUGUCCUAGACGGAGGAACUUUGUCAUACUAUGACUCUCAGGAGGAUGCGUGGAAAGGUUGCAAAGGCAGCAUCAAGAUUUCGGUUUGUGAAAUCCAAGUUCACUCCUCUGACUCCACACGUGUGGACCUGAUCAUACCAGGAGAGCAGUACUUUUACCUCAGAGCCAUCAAUGCUGCGGAGAGGCAGAAAUGGCUGGUGGCGCUGGGCACAGCCAAAGCCUGCCUCACCGACAACAGAACCAAGAGAGAAAAAGAACUUCAGGAGAACACCGAGGCAUUAAAAACAAAGAUGUCCGAGCUCAGAUUGUACUGUGACCUUCUUCUCCAGCAAGUAAACAAAAUCAAGGAGAAUGAUGAGCUGGGAGAAACGGCGGAGUCUGGUGUCGACUCUGGAAACAUGGUGAAGUCGACAUGCACCACCUUCCUUAAAACCCUGGAGGAGUGCAUGCAGAUCGCAAACCGUACGUUUAAUACAGACCCGGGAACGCACAGUCCGCCAGGAACUCCUCCCGUGGCGGCGAUCAAACCCCUGAAGAUUAAACAUGCCAACCAUGCAAACCUGAACCUCGCAGAUAAGUGGAAAGAUUUGACUGAAACCCCUGGAGAAACAAUUGCACACGACAAGCAGAGCCUCGACUCUGGAGCUGAAGGACAAGACGAGCCAGAUAGAUCAGAACAUCACCCUUCCCCAUCAGACAGCGAAACAUCCAUCGUCGGUCGAGAGCAAGGCCAGCCUGCCGCGCACGUUACCCAGAAUGCCCCUGAGAUCGACAGCGGGGACCACCCGGCAGAGGGAGAGGACCAGAAAGCUUCGGAUCAAAAGAGAAAUGACAGAGGACUGCGCGAAGGAGACCAAAGCGAAGAGCGCGACGGCGAAACAGGAGGAAAGGACGCCGCCUCGCCCGAGCGCCAACAGGACGCUCUCCUAGACCAAGAAGCGGGCGGAGAUCCGUCCAACAGCCCGGGCCACUCGUCGGAGUCGGACACAGAGCAGGUGGACACUUUCUUCAACACGAUGAGUCACAGAUUUAGUGAUAUGAGACUGGAUGACGACAAUGGUAUUCCUUCACAAGAGUUUUUGGACUCAUGCUAUGCAAUAGUGCCUGUAUUAGACAAACUGGGCUCCACCGUUUUUGCACCAGUUAAAAUGGAUUUUGUUGGAAAUAUUAAGAAGAUUCAGCAGAAGCUGAUGUCCGACCCGGACGGCUUCCCCACCCUGCAGUCCAUCGUGCUGCACGAAGUGCAGACAAACGUUGCCCAGGUGCGCAACUCCGCGACCGAGGCUCUGCUGUGGCUCAGACGAGGCCUCAAGUUCCUCAAGGAGUUUCUGUCGGGGGUCAAUGCAGGAGAAAAAGACAUCCAGGCGGCACUGAAUAACGCUUAUGGGAAAACUCUCCGGCAGUACCAUGGCUGGGUGGUGCGAGGUGUUUUUGCUCUGGCGCUGCGAGCUGCCCCGACCUACGAGAGCUUCACCGCCGCCUUGGUGUCGAGAGAGGGCGACGAGCUGCGGAGCGAGUUUACCAGCAGCAUGCACAGGGACCUGGGAGCGUACCUCCCUGCCAUGGAGAAGCAGCUGGCCAUCCUGGACGAGCUGUACGAAGAAUACAACCUGGAGUCCGACGAGGUGGUGUGAAACCCCACGGAGAGAUCGUCCGGCUGCCAGGAACAACGGAGCCUCCCUGACGUUCAGAGCUGAAAGGAAGGCGCCAGACGCUACUCAGUGCCGAGAGCAUACGUCACGGCAUUCAGAGGUUACCCAGCAGUUAAGGGAAGAAGAGAAGAGAUUAUUAAAGCCCACAAAGGGCGUGUCCAAGCAAAAAGUAACAACUGAAAUGAAUAUUUCAGGUCUAGGUUAAAAGACCAGUGGCAGUGAAAGAAAGGGUUCUGCAGAGCACAGCCAUAGUUGUACAUGGUGCCACUUCUUCCUGAUUACUGUUUUUUUUUAUUUUAUUAUUGUUGUGGCAUUUUAUGAUUUUCAGGUAAAUAACUCUCUAGUAUUUAUUUCCAGAUACAUCCCUGGAUUUUUUUUUUUUUAACUCUUUGAUGUCAUUAAAAAUGCUUUAAUUUGGCGUCAUGAAACAUGGUUUACCAUGUAAGAGCACAAAGCACUUGGGGCAAAAAUAAACACAGUCAUAGUGUUACAGCAUUUGUUAAAUGUCUCCAGUAUUUGAUAUUGAUUGACAAGACUGACGUCAUUACGUUAUGCUAGCUUUUUCUGUAUUCUUUUUUUGUUGUUUUUUUUUUUUUUACUGUGGCUGUGAACAUUUUUAUUUUUGUUGUAAAUUAUAAAUAAUGUAAAUUGUUUCCCUGAAGUCACCUGUAAUUUAACCAGACGCUGGCUUUAUAUUACUUCUCAUUGUGUCAGAGUUCAACGGGACCAAAAAGGAGACGCGUCCGCCUCCGCCGCCUGUCCGGUGAAGCCGCACAAACGAAAAGCCUUUGCAUACGAUGCAUUUUUAACUACUCGUGGUGUCAUUGAUCGCAUUUUACACGUGUCUGGAUUCUCGACAUGCCUCCGAGUGAAUGAAUGAAGAAUUGGCUCCACGGCGCAUGUUUUAUUGUGGGCAUGUUUUGGUUCAUUAAAGCAACACCGGCACCAUCAGGGACUGAAGACGAGCCAAAUGCUCAAAUCUUGCCAAAUGGAUUAAGAGUACUAAAAUGACAGUUUAAAUUGGUAUUAAUUUAUUUUUUUUAUCUUUUGUGUCUCCUGACAGUAAUAGGAAUUUUAAAUCAUCACAUUUUGUAUUCUUACCCCUCUCGCCUCGUUUUGCUCCACCGCUUAAAACGAUGCAAUGAAUGGGCGCAUUCAUUUAGGAUCAGACGGAUGAUAACGACUGCAAUGCCGGGUUGGGUUUUGCGGUGAGGACUAACUGUGUGGCACAAUAACUGUGAAUGACAUAAAACUGCUUGUAAACCUCAUUAAAGGUUUUCGUAGAAGUUGUGCAGCAGACACGUUUUUCGGUAGCAUAUGAGGGUCAUAGGUAUUGUGCUGUUGUAAUAUUACAACCCCUCCCCCAAAAAAGGAAAUGCUUUGUAUGAAUGUUUAUAAGAUGCUAUUUGAUUUUUACCCAAUAAAUAUGAUUGAAGAGCUCUA